UCAUCAUCGAUGGGGUGGGUGCACCGCACUCCGCGAGACAUACGGCGGCGGAGAGGACCAUCCCGGGCAUCUCGAGCUCGCCUCGGUCUGUCCGUCGAGAUCCGACUCGCUUUCCUUUCGUCACGUGGCGUCGCGUGGCUUGCGUGUGCGUUGUUUUGAUGCAUGUGGAAACUGACGAGGACGCUGCGUGGACGCGAGUAGACGAUUCCGGAAAUAACAUGCGUACACGCAGGCUGUCACGUACGCUCAGGAGUGGAUUUGCAUUGCUGUGGCCUGAAACCCUCGACGUAGUAUGUUUGUGCGAAUAAUGCAAGCGGCUCCGGAGCUGGCUUCCAUUCAGGGUGACAGAUGAUGGUUGCCACGAAAGCAAGAAAAACAAGGCUUGGAAAUGAAAGUGGUCACAUCAGAGCUCCUCUCCGUCAGGCGACCCAGCGGCUCUGCUAAAAAAUGAAGGGCGGGCGUGGGCUACAUGCACAUUCAGCGCAUGAAGAGAUGAAAUGGAGACUUUGGGAGCCACGGACCUCUUAAAGCCAAGCGCUGCCUGCCGCAAAUCGGGUGCAGUUUCGACGUCUCAGGAAAGAAGGAUCAGCAGCCAGCAGCUCGGCUGUUCACCAGCGGACAUUGUGUACACGCACCCAGCAGACAUGGGGAUCAACGGCUUGUACGGGGUGUCGGUCGGGGGGCCGACCGCCAACGAGUUUUUGGCGGGUCUAGCCUCCCAAAGCGACCCCCGUGGACUCACAACCCCGAUCAAUCAAUGCAGAACCGGAGUGCCGCAGUACAACGGUGGCGUGGCGUCUCUGUCCGUGGAAGGAACCCCCGCCGGCGCUUUGGCCCAUACACCAAACCCCGCACAAAUGAAGGGGACCACGGGGGCCCCUCUGUACCCCCUCACCAGCAGAGCCUGUCUGUUAGAGAAUGCGGACCCUGCUGUUAUGAGGAGGAUCAAUAAUGACCUAAGAGCCAGACAGCAACAACAGAAGAGGAGAGGUGGAGAGAACCGUGACUUAGGUUCUGAGACUCUUACUAGGUCAGCAGGGUUGGUGGAUUCUGCAGAUGCUGUUUUCAUCUCGGGGGAGUCUGACUUGAAGCGGAGGAGAUUGGCUGAUGGAAGUAUCGCUCACAAUUUUUCAGGUGCUAGACUGACUGCCGAUUGCAGUAAAAGUUGCUAUGGUGACCAGCUGAUCACCAGUCACUGUGUCGCUCCCCAGACACCCCUCAGUCCUACGAUCCUCCCACCCCAAAUUAUACAGCACAACAUAUAUCAGCCCGUAACCCCCGGGCCUCCGUAUGCUUGCAGUCAGGCCUCCCCCGUGGAGGCUAACGGAAUCCCGACACCGCCACCGUCAGAAGUGUCUGUCUGGUCAGCCGAACGUGUGGCUCUUCAGUACAUCGUGCCCUGCAUGAAGUACUACGGCAUAUGUGUGAAGGACAAUUUUCUUGGGACUGCGUUGGGCGAACAAGUCUUGGAUGAAGUCGAAGUCCUAAAUCAAAGCGGAAAAUUCCGGGGAGGGCAGCUGGUGAGCCAGAGGGGCAUUCCUUCACGAAGCAUCCGAGGUGACCAAAUCGCCUGGGUGGAGGGGCACGAGCCGGGCUGUAAGAACAUCAGGAUUCUGAUGUCGUACAUUGACGAGGCCAUCAUGCACAGCGCGGCCAAUGGACAGCUGGGGGACUGCGUCAUCAAUGGACGGACUAAGGCCAUGGUUGCCUGUUACCCAGGCAAAGGUGCAGGAUAUGUCCGCCAUGUGGAUAACCCUAACGGUGAUGGCCGCUGCAUCACAUGUAUCUACUAUCUCAACAAGAACUGGGAUGUCCAGACACAAGGAGGAGUGCUGCAGAUCUUCCCCGAAGGUAAAAAUGUGGUCGCAAAUAUCGAACCCCUGUUUGACCGGCUGCUCAUCUUCUGGUCGGACCGCCGCAACCCUCACGAAGUCAAGCCGGCCUACGCAACUCGCUAUGCCAUCACAGUCUGGUACUUUGAUGCCAAAGAGCGGGCAGAAGCAAAAGAGAAAUACAGGCUAGCAACGGGACAGAAAGGUGUUCAAGUGCCUGUCAGUCAGAACAGCAGGACAUGAAUCCGUGCUAAUCACCGGAGAGCCAGCAUGAAAGCACCGUGUGCCUUUCUGAGCUCUUAAUGGACACCAUAAAAGGAGUUAAGGGAUUUAAACUGUCACUCGCUUGUGCAGAACGGACCAGGGUGUUCUGGUAAAGGUCGGCCCAGAGUCCUCCCCGUGGAAAAUGAAACAUUCCUCUUCCUUAGAUAUCUCGCUGAAUCCUCAAUGAGGAUGACUAACUGGAAAAAAGGACUCCUGUUUAUUUUGUUUUGUUCAUUAUUUUGCCCAUUAUAAGUAAUGUGAGGAAUGCCCCCCAAUUCAAACAAUAACAUUAUGAAUCCAAUAGAAGAGACACACAAAGAGCAUAGCUCAUCAACAGGACUUUUUGACCCGUGAUAACUUGCUGGACAGAUAUGAACGGGCCAUUACGGAGAACUACUGACUACUUGACAGCGACGAGAAGAUGGUACUCAGUACACACAAUCCACACGAACCUAAACUGUCUGCAGAAGAUAGUGGAACAGAAAGUGGCGUAAGCAUUUCAUUUUCUCUCCAUUCAAUGCAAUGCUUCCCUGACAGAACUACAUGAGGGGAAAAAAAUUCACUCUACAUUUAGAAAUAUUGUGGACACACACAGCUUUGUAGUCUUAAUCAGGGUCUGACGUAAGGGUGUUUUGUGCAUGUCUGUGUCAGUGCGGGUAUGUAUGAGACUCCACUUGUACCUCAUACAUGCUCAAACACAACAAAAAAAAGUACAAAAUGAAGAUGUCUACCACAUGCAGAUAGAUAAUUCAAAGAUAGCUAUAGUGAGGAUGGAAAAAAAGGAUAUUGUAUACACACCGGCCAUACCUGAACACCCAUGUAAUACAAUACAAGAGCUGUACGGACGCUGAACUGACAAAAAUCAUUCAUACAAGGGCAAAAUUUAAACAAUGUGAAUUUUUAUUUUGGUGAAAGAAUAUGGCAAGUAUAAGUCUGUGACUUUGAGUAUUACUCGAUAUUGUUUACAUUUUGACAAAAAGGUCUUUAGAAAUAUUCUUCAUCUAGAGGUGCAUCAAAUAUCCUUUCUUCCAGUAAUUCAUUUUAAAAUUUGAAAUUUGCGGUGGUGCACAACUGUACUACAUCAUGGGUUCAGUGCAGAUCACUUGGAAAUACAUGUACUGUACAGUUUUAAAAAAAAAAAAAAAGUUUUCAACAUUUGACCCGCUCAUGUAAUCAAAUAGCGUAAGUGAAUGAACAACAAAAAGCAUGUACUCCAAACAAAACUCAUCAUCUUUAUAGUUUGAAUCUUGUAUCUCAUUAGAAUGAGCAGGUGAGUUUAAAAGCUAAUUAUUAGCAUAACAUUUAUCUGUAGACUGUAAAUUAUGUGGGGAUAGUACAGUACCAAGCACAGGGUUGAGCACGCACACACACAAACUGUUUGUGAACUGCAGCGUCUACUGCGCGCGUGUAAGCAUGUGACUUUUUCAAUGGGUAUUUGCACAUACUGUAUGUGAUAGAGCUACUGUCAUGAUAAUGGUUACAGUUGUUUGCGUUAGCCUAGUAAAACAGGUUACUUUACAACUAAAAAAAAAUGGCACUUUAUUUAAUGAAUUGAAUGAGUGUAAAGAAAAAAAAGCCAGAAAAAGGAGUUAUUUUUAAGUGGCUCUGGUUGGUGAAGAAUAUGCAAUAAUAUCUGUGGGUUUUUUUGUUUUUAAACGCUUACAACAAUCAAAGAAAUUGUGAAAUGACGUGUGACUGAUCGAGAAAAAAAUUAAAUGCAGUCUAAUAAUGA